GUAUAUAAAAAUUUUCAAUCUCAUAGAGUCAAUGUUGCGGGGAAUCGACCCUCCUCCCAUGCCCCCCUCUAUCUCAUGUCUCCAUCUGCACCUCCGUCUAGCGAUAUUAAUAUAGCAAGACAAACAAUAUCGCUGACGCUGUUGGUGGCUCGAGGCAGUGGCUGCGUGAGUGAAAUAGCCGGGGUGUCCAAUCCUUGAGGGUAGAAACUGUAGGAAGCACCACAUCGGUCGACCGCAUGCUGUAUUGCCUAUUCCAUCUCCGCAGCAUCGCCAGUCUUCCCGAUCCACAACAGAAACUUCAUCCGGACCAUCUAAACAGGAGAUUUACAGACAUUUAUCACGUCCCGAAUAGUCGUGUGCUAUGGCAAAGCCAAAGGCGAUGUGCAUCUACCAACAAUGUUAUGAAUGUGUUUGAUCGGGAAACAAAACAGCGGCAAAAAAAUCGUGCAGCAGCCCUGCCCGAUUGGAAUGUUUAUGAAUACGUUAAGGAAGAGAUAGGGUGGCGUGUUGCCGAUCGCAUAUUUGACGUGAAGCGGAAGUUUGACGUCGGAGUUGAACUCGGGAGCGGACGUGGCUACGUCAGCCGUCACGUGAUACAGGAAAGCAUGGGUUACCUUAUGCAGUGCGAGAUGGCAGACAAACUCUUAGACCAGUCUGUAGGACCGGAAGACAACGUCCCGCUGGAUCGACUCGUCGCUGACGAAGAGUUUCUUCCCUUCAAGGACAACUCGCUCGACAUCGUCGUGUCGAGUCUCAGCCUACACUGGGUCAACGACCUGCCCGGCACGUUCAAACAAGUGAACAACGCGCUGAAGAGCGACGGCGCUUUCAUCGCGGCGCUGUUCGGGGGCGACACGCUCUACGAGCUGCGAUGCUCGCUGCAGAUGGCCGAGCUGGAACGCGACGGAGGCGUGUCCCCGCACAUCUCGCCCUUCACGGAAGCGCGCGACCUUGGCGGACUGCUGGCCCGCACCGGCUACACGCUAGUCACGCUCGACGUCGACGAGCUGCGAGUGAACUAUCCGUCGAUGUUCGAGCUCAUGCACGACCUGCAGGGCAUGGGGGAGAGCAACGCCGCGUGGAACCGGCCGCUGAGCCUCAAACGCGACACCCUGCUCGCUGCCGCGUCCAUCUACAGCGAGAUGUACGGAAACGAGGACGGCACGGUGCCCGCGACGUUCCAAAUAUUUUACCUGAUCGGGUGGAAAGCGGACAAAUCGCAACAGAAGCCGGCCGAACGAGGAUCGCAGACUGUGUCGCUUCACGAUUUGCAUAAGCUGGAUAAGCUGAUUGAUACGGCGACAAAGACGGAGAAAAAUAUAGACGACUUAGAAAAGUUAGGACUCUUUACGGAUAAACCAACGUGAAAGCGUUUUACGGAUGUUGCACACGUGUGUCUCGCUCAUAUUUUUAAUGAUUAUAUGCAGUAUAAUAAGUACAGUAAUCAUUUGGAA